GAGCCCAGAUGGUAGUGACUGACCUGACAGAACCUGACAAGCGGGCAGAUGCCCUUGGCAAGCUGGGCCUAUGUUUUGGCAUCGGCAUGGUUGCCGGCUCCACCUUGGGCGGUACACUAAGCACACGCUAUGGGGAGACAUUUGCUGCUUGUGUAGCUGCUGGAGGGAGCUUCAUCAGCUUCCUGUUGGUUUGGACGUUUAUCCCUAAACACACUAAGAUACAAGCUCCACAGGACAACACAGACAAGAAGAGCAAUGCCAAGUCAGUCUUUGACCUGGGUGAGAUCACCAGACUGAUGAAGUUCCCUGGUGUGGCCAAAACCUUCAUGGUCAAGAUCAUCUCAGGUCUGCCAUCAGGUAUCUUUCAGGUCAUGUUCUCUGUUAUCGCCAUGAACUUCUUCCAGCUGGCGCCAGAGCAGAAUGGCUACCUUAUGGCCUACUUUGGGAUCGUGUCAAUGGUAAUCCAAGGGGGAGUGAUUGGCCGGCUGACCUCAAAGUACUCUGAGAACUCACUGCUUCUCCUCUCCAUCGGCAUGUCAAGUCUGGUGGGCCUGGCUCAGGUCUUCAUGGCUAACGUGUUUCAGUUCUGCUUCAUCGUUCUCCCCAUGAUGUUCUCUCUCAGCGUGUUCAACGUCAUCACUGACAGCAUGCUGACAAAGACUGUGCCUUCCUCCGAUACCGGCACGAUGCUGGGCCUGUGUGCCUCUGUGCAGUCUCUGCUCCGCACCAUCGGCCCCACGAUUGGAGGCUUCUUGUAUCACAACUACGGAGUGGCCUCUUUUGGGUUCAUCCAGUUUGUCGUGAACAUGGUCGUGUUUGUGUUUAUGCUUAGAAACAUGGUCAACAGCAAAGAUGAGCAUAGAGAAUGACAUUCCACCGACUUAAAUACAUAGGGCAUUUUAGAAGUGACCUAAAUAUAGUUUUAUAUUAUCAGAGAAUUUUAUUAUAUUUCUAUAAUGGACAAAAGUAUAAAAUGCAACAAUUUCCUAGAUUUUACUGAGUUACAGUUCAUAUAAGGAAAUCAGUUGAUUGAAAUAUAUUCAUUAGGCCCUAAUCAAUGGAUUUCACAUGACUAGGAAUACAGAUAUGCAUCUCUUGGUCAAAGAUGCCUUAAAAAAAGGUAGGGACGUGGAUCAGAAAACCAGUCAGUAUCUGGUGGGACCACUAUUUGCCUCAUGCUGAUUGUGGCCUGUGGAAUUUUGUCCCACACCUCUUCAAUGGCUGUGUGAAGUUGCUGGAUAUUGGCUGGGAACUGGAACACUGUCGUACACAUUGAUCCCGAGCAUCCCAAACAUGCUCAAUGGGUGACAUGUCUGGUGAGUAUGCAGGCCAUGGAAGAACUGGGACAAUUUCAGCUUCCAGGAAUAGUGUACAGAUCCUUGCAACAUGAGGCUGUGCAUUAUCAUUCUGAAUUAUGAGGUGAUGGCGGUGAAUGAAUGGCACGACAAUGGGCUUCAGGAUCUCGUUACACGUAUCUUUGUGCAUUCAAAUUGCCAUCGAUAAAAUGCAAUUGUGUUCAUUGUCCGUAACUUAUGCCUGCCCAUACCAUACCACCACGGGGCACUCUGUUCACAUCAGCAAACCGCUCGCACACACGCCGCCAUACACGUGGUCUGCGGUUGUGAGGCCGGUUGGAUGUACAGCCUAAUUCUCUAAAAUGACAUUGAGGUGGCUUAUGGUAGAGAAAUUAACAUUAAAUUCUCUGGCAACAGCUCUGGUGGACAUUCCUGCAGUCACAUGCCAAUUGCACACUUCCUCACAACUUGAGACGUCUGUGGCAUUUUGUUAUGUAAAAAAAACGGCACAUUUGAGUGGCCUUUUAUUGUCCCCAGCACAAGGUACACCUUUGUAAUGAUCAUGCCGUCUAAUCAGCUUCAUGAUGUCACACCUGUCCGGUGGAUGGAUUAUCUUGGCAAAGGAGAAAUGCUCAAUAACAGGGACGUAAACAAAUUUGUGCACAACAUUUGAGAAAUAAGCUUUUUGUGCGUAUGGAACAUCUCUGGGAGCUUUAAUUUCAGCUCGUGAAGUGUUGCGUUUAUUUUUGUUCAGUGUAUAUUGCCGACAGCUUAGUUCUAUUUUUUUUAUUUUAUAUACAGUAUAUCUGAAUAUUGUACUUGUGAUUUGAUAUUCAAUAAACAGGAACGUUCAGAAGAACAGUUGUUUACUGGAGAUGCCACUUACAUAUAAAAUCCUUUGUUGAUUCUGCAGAUGUGAUUUUUGUGUUUCUGUCAAACAGAAGGUGUGCGUGUGUGUGGGGCAUUAAACCCAAUCUAUAAGUAACUAGUAGAUGGUCACUGCUGUAGUUGUAUUAGCUCUACAGAAUCUCAAUUUAAUAUUUGCUCAACCAUUUCAAUAACUGAAGAUACAAAAUAAAUGUUUUGUUAAAAUGUUUAUUUCAAAGUCUCACACAUUCCAUAUUCCUAUAAAAUAUUUCUCAUCCCUCUGCUAUCGUUGCAACAUGCCUAACACCUGCUCAAAGCAUGUUAUUUUGUCAUGUAAAAGACCAAAACCCCCAAGGAAGCCUCUGUAACAAAUGUUUCUGUAAUCAUCUCUGCAUUGCAAUCGUGCAUUAAUUCAACUUCACUGUCUAUCAACUUCACUGUCCUCUCAGUCAUAAUAUCAGAAUAAAAAAAGGAAUGAUAUGCAGUCAUGAUGGAGAGGGGGAACUGAAACCUCAGUGGACGGCUGUAUGACACGCUGCCAACCAAUAACAGCACUUUGCAGUGGAGAGCUAAAACUAUCAUGGUGUGACUAGUCAAUCUACAGCACAUGGAAGCCUGGACCAACAAAGGGUUUCAGAGGACUCAUUUCCCCUUUCAACAGACAACCUGUUGCCUACAGGGAUAGUUCACCUGAAUGUCAUCAUGUUUUCAGCUUGCAGGUUGUCGUCGGGCCAGGGAGAGUCUACAACUAGUAGGUUAUUAUUACUUAGCUAAAACAACCACAGACAGACACACUUCAUCAUCGCUAUCGAUUACCCCCAGGUGUGGUUUUACGCAGACUUCAUUUUGGCACGCAAUUUAGUUAAAGCUAAAACAAGUGAAACUGAGGUUAUCAAUACCAAUCUUAGCCGCUGGUAGCUGUAGGAAAGUAACAAUCUAAACCGUAGUUGUGGUCAAUCACCAAAAAAACAAACAAAAUGUAUCAAUUAGUGAUUUUGAUUGAGCCAACCGUUUAAAGUGACCCCAUGGAGUGCAGUGCAAAGGAGCCCAGGUUUUGUCCCAAGGUCUUAAAACCACUGGGAGA